CCCGGAUCCACUAACAGUUUCCGGGGGACAGGGCACCAUCAGCAGCAGCACCAGCAGCAGCCAUGGCGGAUCAGCUGCUGGAAACAGUGGAGAGACUUCAGUCCCGGAUCCAGGACAACCCGGAGCCCCGAAAGUUACUAAAGACUCUGAGGAGACUGGGGGAGGUGCCGAUGACCGUGGACAUCCUGGUGAGAACUGGAGUGGGCAAAACUGUGAACUCGUUCAGGAAACAUGAAGACGCAGGAGAUCUGGCUAAAAGCUUGGUGGCCAAGUGGAAGAAGCUGGUUCCUCAGACUGCAGACAGACCCAACAGCUACACCCAACCAGCCUCCCAGUCAUACCACAGAUCCCACAGGGAGCCUUCGCCUGAGGAAGAACCAGAGGAAGAACCCGAGGAGGACCCUGAGGAAGACCAAUCCUACAUGGAGGAGGAAGAGGAGGAGGAAGUGGAAGAAAGAGGUUAUCACACAAACUACUCCCCCUCGCCUCCCCAACAGCAGCAGUACAGCCCGCUGCAGCAAGGGGGGUACGAGUCAGAAGAAUACGAGCCAGAACCAGAACCUAGCCCCCCUCCUCCUCCUCCUCCUCGGAAAGAGAUCCGCCACAGCAAACCCAGCAAAGAACCCGGCAAGAACCAUCACCACGGCGACAGAAACAGAGAGGAAGAGCUGUGGCAGCGGAGCGCUCACACGAGCGGCGAUCGAGGAGGAAAGAAACGGAGCGCGGACCGGGAACGGCCCAAGAGUCCGGUCCAGAAGAAGCACAGCAAGAAGUCCUCAUCACACGAAAGCAAGAAGGAGGAGAAGAAGAAAGGAGGAGAUGAAGGUCGACCUCGGCCCCCAAAGGACUCCCCCUCCAAGGAGGAAGAAGAGGACUUUGAGAAGCCCACCAUGUCCUUUGAGUCCUUCCUUACGUACGACGCUCCAAAUCCCGUCAAGAAGAAGAAGAAGCCGUCGUUGCCGCCCUCGUCGUCGCACAGCAAACCAUCUCAGUCGUCCUCUGGUUCGUCUUCGCGCCAGAGCAGAGCAGCCUCCUCCUCUGCCUCCUCGUCCAAAGUGAGCAAAGCCAACGGAUCUCAGAGCUCCAAAAGGACUCAUUCAGACUCCAGGUCUUCGGCGUCUGAACCCAAACCAGAGAAACGCAGACGGGUCGUCGAGUCUCUUCCGACUCUCCCUGAAAUCCCGCUCCCGGCCAUCCAGCCCAACUACAGACCGCUGCCCUCCAUCGACACGCCGCUGUCCCCUCAGAGGCGCAAAGUUCCUGUUUUUAAUGACGAGGAGGACGCAGGCUUCACCGGGAAACGCUUCAACUCCAAGAUGUCGGUCUAUUCGGGGUCGAAGACGUCCUACCUGCCCAGGAUGAUGACGCUGUACGAGCAGUGCAUCCGGGUUCUGCAGAACAACAUUGACUCCAUCGCAGAAGUGGGCGGAGUCCCGUUUGAGAUCCUGGAGCCGGUCCUGAAGAGAUGCACUCCGGAGCAGCUGUACCGGAUUGAGGAAAGCAACCAGUGCUUCACGGAGGAUUCAGACGAGCUCUGGAAGAGUCACUGCCAGCGGGACUUCAAACGGGAAUCUCCUCAGGAGUUCGAGUCGUGGAGGGAGAUGUACCUGCGGCUGCACGACGAGCGAGAAGAGCGGCUGAAGCUGCUCACCCAGAACAUCAGCUCCGCCCACGCCAACAAGCCCAAAGGGCGGCAGGUGAAGAUGGCGUUUGUCAACUCGGUGGCCAAGCCGCCGCGGGACGUUCGCCGCCGGCAGGAGAAGUUCGGUACCUCCAGCGGUUCCACCACGGCCUCCACUGCAGCUGCUUCUCCCAUCAAAAUAAGACCAGCAUCUUCUGACCACUUCAGCGAAUCGAGCAGCUCCUCCUCCUCCCAGGUCAGCGCUCCUGCCAGCUCUUCUCGCUCUUCAGCCACACCUGGAGGAGGAGGAGGAGGAGCUGUACAUCCAGGACGGGAAAAACCACAAGUUAAAAAAAUCGCCCCCAUGAUGGCGAAAACCAUCAAAGCGUUCAAGAACCGAUUCUCCCGCCGGUAGUUCCGACAGAAACCCGAUCCUGGCCGGUUUAAUGUCCUUUUAGCUGCAUCUCCCUUCAAACACCCCAACAAGCACAUGGCAUGAACUCCACGGUACUGCUGAGAACAUGGUUUCCUUUCUGCGGGUUUUAAGUAUUUAUCCUCAGUCCUGUCCGAGUGUCGACCAGCCGAGGGCGGACAUCUUUAACCGCUCUCCAACAGCUUCUGAUGCAAAAUCUUCACACUUUGGGGAAUUUAGAUAUUAGACGGUUCUCCCUUUGUGAGCGAUGUACAAAAACUAGAAACAAACGGUGUACAGAGGCGGUUCUCCUGAAGGGAACCGGCUGGUUUUUAGACAGUUUGGGUUGGAUGAGUGCGUGAUCGGCCUCAGAGGAGGAUCUGCGAAUGAAACGGAGAGUAUUUUUGUGUGUUUUAAAUACAUCAGUGAUGAGAUUAAGGAGCCCGGAUGAGGUGGAUCUGGGUUAAUCCAGCAAAUUCUGGGUUUUUAGUAUUUUAGCUGAUUUUUAUUCCUGUUUGUUGAAAGUCGGACACAUCGUUCCUUAAAGGCAUGACGAGGAUCCAGAAGCAGAGAGAAACGCGGCCCAUCGGGGAUCAGGGUCGGACCUUAAGCUCCUCCUAAUGUUUGGUUUUAAUGUCCAGCUUUUAGGCGAGCGUCAGAAAAACGGCGCUUAAUGACCUCAUUCCGAGAGCCACGGAUCUUCAGCCGCCUGCAGCGUAGUUAAAACACAACGAGCAAUGAGCUCUUCUAAAGCAUUUCCAGGAUUUCAGCUCAUGUUUGAGGUCAGAUUUUACCCACAGGUUUCUUUUAAGCCCAUAUGAUUCAGAUUUUAAACCUGCAAUCUACCCAUUUGAUAACCUUGUGCUUUAAAACCCAAUAUGAUGUGAGUUUUGUUCAGAAUUCAGGAGAACAUGGAUUGUGGUUCUGAUCUCCUUUUGGACCAGCUGACCUUAGGAAACCAGUUUGAACCAGAGUAGCAGAGUCCCAGCUUCUAACACCAGAUUUCUUCUAGAUUAUGGGGAAAAAAAGUGUUGUCUGUGUGUCUGAUUGCUCCUAUCUGAGGAAAUCUGUUCACAUGUUGAGCAAAUUGACCCAUUUCUUUUUUUUUUUUUUUUUUUUAUCUGUUACAUUUUUUUUUUCUUGCCUUUUCGUCUAAUUUUAAACCAUAUCUUUUAAAAAAUGAUAUUUUUACCAGAAGCCUAUUGGAAAGAUGUUCCUAAUUUAUUCUUACAUUUUUUUAACCUCCAACAAGGUAGUAAAUUGGAUUAUUACA